AUGACCAGGAAAAGUGUCCUUGGUCUCCGGGAUUCUUCCUUGGCUUAUCGCCUGUCUGGCCAGCUGCCGGAAGAAACAGCUGCAUACACCUCAACCCCUUCUGUUUCUCCCCGUACAAACACUGAGAAAAUUUCCCCUGAGGAUUAUGCUAAACCAUACUGUGAUUUCAUGACUACGAAUCCCACCAUCUUCCACGCGGUCGACGGCUUUACCAAACAGCUGGAGAAGAACGGAUACAAGCGCCUGCCAGAGCGGGAGCCUUGGACCUCCAAGUUGGAGCGUGGAGGGAAAUACUACGUUACCCGGAACGCCAGUGCCUCCAUUGCGUUCUCGAUCGGAAAGGACUACCAGAGUGGCAAUGGUUUGGCUAUCAUCGCCGGCCACAUCGACGCGCUCACCGCCAAAUUGAAGCCUGUCUCAAAGUUGCCCACAAAGUCGGGUUAUGUCCAACUAGGGGUUGCUCCGUACGCAGGUGCUUUGAGUGAUACCUGGUGGGAUCGAGAUCUCUCGAUCGGUGGUCGUGUACUGGUUCGCAACCCUAAUAGCGGCAAAGUCGAGUCCAAGCUGGUUAAGUUGGACUGGCCAAUUGCGCGAAUUCCAACGCUUGCUCCUCACUUCGGAGCUCCCUCGCAGCCGCCUUUCAACAAGGAAACCCAAAUGGUUCCCAUCAUCGGCAUUGACAACUCGGAUCUCUUCUCGCAGGAGACCCCAUCGUCAUCCGACGCCGCUAGCGGUAUUAAGCCUGGUACCUUUGCGGCCACACAACCAGAGAAACUGGUCAAAGUUAUUUCUGGUGAGCUUGGUAUCACCGACUAUAGCACCAUUCUUAGUUGGGAGCUCGAGCUGUUCGACAGUCAACCCGCGCGACUUGGUGGCCUGGAGAAGGACUUCAUUUUCGCCGGUCGCAUCGAUGACAAACUCUGCUGUUAUGCUGCCCAAGAGGCUCUCUUAGCAUCGACCGACGACACGUCAACCGGCUCUGUGAAGAUGGUGGGAAUGUUUGAUGACGAGGAAAUCGGUAGCUUGCUGCGUCAAGGAGCCCGUUCCAAUUUCAUGAGCAGCGUGAUCGAGCGCAUUACGGAGGCCUUUGCACCCGAGUACGGGCCCAACGUUCUGUCUCAGACCGUGGCAAACAGCUUCUUUGUCUCCUCGGACGUCAUCCACGCCGUCAAUCCAAACUUCGCCGGUGUCUAUCUAGAGAACCAUGCUCCCCGGCUGAACGUGGGCGUGGCCGUGUCUGCCGAUUCGAAUGGCCACAUGACGACAGACAGCGUGAGCUACGGCUUUAUGAAGCGCAUCGCCGAUCGCACCGGCUCUACCCUGCAGGUCUUCCAGAUCCGCAAUGACUCUCGUAGCGGGGGAACGAUCGGUCCCAUGACCAGCUCUCGCAUUGGCAUGAGGGCUAUUGAUGUCGGAAUCCCGCAGCUGAGCAUGCACAGCAUCCGCGCUACGACCGGAAGCUUGGAUCCCGGCUUGGGAGUGAAGAUUUUCAAGGGUUUCUUUGACCACUUUGAGGAAGUCGACAAGGAAUUUGCCGACUUCUAG